AUGUCCGCCACCGACGCCAAGGCCACCGGCCCCACGGGCACAUCGCGCCCCGCGUCCCCGUCCCAGCGCUCCUCCGCCUCCGCCAACGGCCUCCGACGAAACUCGGACCCGGCCCUCGACCCCAAGCACCAGCACACCCACCCGCACGUCCACCACGCCCCGAGCGCCGAGAACAACGGCCACACCCACGCCGUCUACACCAAGGGCACCACGGCCGACGCGACCCUGAUCCCCGCGCAGUCCCCGCUGCACCGGCACGACGUCGAGAGCGCCGGCCUGCCCCCGUACCACAGCGACCCGGAGAAGCACGAGGAGCGCGACGUCAUCGACACCACCUCGGGCGGCGAGCACGGCGAGGCCGAUCGCGCCCCGGGUGGCGGCGGCAGCUGUACCGACGCUACCGCAUCCACACCGGCGUCGUCGUCUACGACCACAUCCCCCAAGUGGCGCACCCCGCUCGGCGCCGCCGUCACCAUUGGCUCCAUCCUGCUCGGCGCCUUCAUCUCGGAGGAGUCCGAGAACAACACGCGCGAGAACCGCGCCAUCUCCCUCUUUGGCCUCGCCGUGCUCAUCUUCCUGCUGUGGGCCAGCUCCCGCGACCGCCGCCGCGUGCAGUGGCGCACCGUCAUCGGCGGCAUGCUCGCCCAGUACAUCAUUGCCCUCUUCGUCCUCCGCACCGGCGUCGGCUUCAGCAUCUUCAAGUUCAUCGCCGACCGCGCCGGUGACCUCCUCAGCUUCUCCCGCCAGGGUACCGCCUUCCUCACCACCCCCACCGUCGCCGAGCUCACCUGGUUCCUCAUCGGCGUCAUCCCCGCCAUCAUGUUCUUCAUCUCCAUCGUCGAGGUGCUCUACUACAUUGGCUUCAUCCAGUGGUUCAUCAAGAAGUUCGCCACCUUUGUCUUCUGGGCCCUCCGCGUCUCCGGCGCCGAGGCCGUCGUCGCCGCCGCCACCCCCUUCAUCGGCCAGGGCGAGUCCGCCAUGCUCGUCCGCCCCUUCGUCGCCCACAUGACCACCGCCGAGCUCCACCAGAUCCUCACCUGCGGCUUCGCCACCAUCUCCGGCUCCGUCCUCGUCGCCUACGUCGGCCUCGGUCUCAACGCCCAGGCCCUCGUCUCGUCCUGCAUCAUGUCCAUCCCCGCCUCCCUCGCCAUCUCCAAACUACGGUUCCCCGAGACCGAGGAGACCCUCACCGCCGGCCGCGUCGUCAUCCCCGACGACGACGAGCACAGGGCCCAAAACGCCCUUCACGCCUUUGCCAACGGUGCCUGGUUCGGUCUCAAGAUUGCCGGCACCAUUGUCACUUCUAUUCUCUGCAUGCUCGCGGCCGUUGGCCUCGUCGACGGCCUUCUCGGAUGGUGGGGCCGCUACCUCAACAUCUCCGACCCCGACCUGUCUCUCGAACUCAUCAUGGGUUACAUCUGCUACCCUAUUUCCUUCCUUCUCGGCGUUCCCCGCCAAGGAGUCGUGGCCCCGGGAAGUCGUCGCGACGCAGAAAUUUACAAGGUCGCCAAGAUUCUCGCCACCAAGAUCAUCAAGGUAACGUUUGAACCCUUUCCCCUCCACUCCCUCACUAAGGGAAAAAACCAAAAAACACUUGCUCGUUUAAAAUUCACUGUCCUAACCGUCAUCAAACCCUCAGAACGAAUACGCCGCCUUCGAAGCCCUCAAGGCAGAGACCCUCACCCCCGCUCCCGCCUCAUCGCCACCUAUGCCAUCUGCGGCUUCGGCAACAUCGGCUCCCUCGGUAUUCAGGUCGGCAUCCUCUCCCAACUCGCUCCCUCCCGCGGCGGAGACGUGUCCCGCAUCGCCGUGUCCGCUCUCAUCUCCGGAGUCCUGUCUACCUUCACCUCGGCCGCCAUGGCGGGUCUGGUCAUCACCGACCAGGUGGAUCUUGUCCCCAGCGCGUAG